CCUCAGUCCCUGAUCGAGAAGAGCAGACGGAAGUUAAAUUCUGAGGAUGCUCUUUACUGAUUUACUUUUUAUUCUUUUGCUGAUUUUUAGCAAUGGGAGAUGUGCAUGGAAGAAAACGCGAGCGAACGACCGAGGAGCUCUUGAAAAUCCGAAAGGAAAAGGAAGCAGGAAAGAUAACGGACUACAACGAACUUGUCAAGCAAUGUCAACAGAGGAUGAAGGACAAAAUAUACGACCAGGAAACUUUCAAUUUAACAACCAAGAUUGUAAGCUGGAAUCCUGACUUUUAUACCAUUUGGAAUUACCGCCGUCAAGUCUUGUUGAACUCUAUACUCAAACCUGACGAAGAAGAAGAAAACCAAAAAGUAUUCCAGAAGGAGCUUUUGUUAUUCAUGCAGCUUAUCAAAUUAAACCCCAAGUCUUACUGGUUAUGGAACCAUCGUUUUUGGUGUUUGCAGAAUAUGCCACAUCCUGACUGGAAUAACGAACUUGCUUUGGUAGAUAAAAUGCUUUCUUUAGACGCACGUAAUUUUCAUGGAUGGGAUUAUAGACGAUAUGUACUUAGUCAUUUAAGAAAGAUAAAUAACAGCGAAGAAGAAGUUUACAAACUAGCCGUGUCUGAAUAUGACUUUACAACCAAAAAAAUUAAUCAAAGUUUCAGCAAUUAUUCAAGCUGGCAUCAGAGAUCAAAACUAUUACCAGAGAUUGUUGUUCCAAAAAAAGCCGAAGAAAAGAAUGAGAUAGCAAAAGGAGAAUUAGAUCUUGUCAAAAAUGCUAUAUAUACAGACCCAGAUGAUCAAUCAGCAUGGUUGUAUUAUUGGUGGAUAUUAGGUAAUGCUCCAGAGCCUGUAGAAUUAUUAGGUGCAUACCACUUGAAAGAUACACCCUUUGUGAUUUUGGCAUUUAAUGAUAUCGUUCGUCUAACACAAAAGCCAAGCGUGCUAAAGGAACAAGGUGAGCUUUUGGAUGGAAGCCUUUAUCCUAUACCGGAAAAAAGCAAACAUAAGGACAGUGCUUCGAUCUGGAUAUAUGUCCUUACUAAAGAUGACUUGGUGGUUGAUCGUGUGUUGAUUUCUUCAAGCACUAUCCUUCCUAGUAGUAGUGGCAGAGAUGUUCCUGAUAAGUCGUGGGAUAUACAAAUACAGUCAAUUGAGAAAAACAAAGCUAUCUGUGAGAGUAUGAGCACAUUGGUAUCUACAUUGGAGAAAAACACUUGGACGUCUUCAUUUGCUAGAAUGUAUAGGGAUCCCACUAUAGAAGAUCAGUCCGAUUGGUUUACUCUAGAUAAAGUUCAAUUACUAAGAGAAGAAAUCGAUACUGUUCGCGAGUUGCUAGAGAUAGAGCCAACAAGCGCAUGGGCACUGCAGACACUCGUCCAUUUCUUGAACCAGCUUUGCUUAAGAGCGAACGAUGUGAACAAGGAUGAAAUAUAUGAAGAGAUUAUCUCUAUAUUAGAUACAUUAAAAGAUUUGGAUAAAGAUAGGAGAAACAGAUAUGAGGAUCAAAAAACAUGGUUUAUCUUUCAAAAAAUUACACAAAACAUACCUGGUUCAUUAGAUAGCCCAUUAGACCUUACAGUUUUAAACGAUAUUCCAUUACUUUCUAAGCUAUUAUUCGUUUCAAAAGUGAUCGUAUCCUCACAGAAAGUGCAAUCUAUGUUGUCGUAUUUACCUUUUCUAGAAGAGUGUGUUAUGAAGGUUUAGAUUAGUGAUGUUGAAACGAAGGGUAAAAAUAAAGGUGAAAAUUUUAUAAUUCAGGUAAAUAAGGAACAUCUGUUAUUUCAUAGUCUCAAAGAACUUAAUAACUGCGUGAAAUACAAUGUUUUUAAGUUUUGUUUUUAUUGACAGCUUCCUAUACUCUACUUUUAUCUCAUGAAAUCCGUUGCUUUAAAUAACGCUAGGGAAGUUUUGACCUUUCGAAAAACGCUGACAACAGCCGGUGCUUAAAGUAAGCGCAAACGCAUCCAUCUCUCCAUGAAAAGUAGAUACUGUCUAUCACAUGCUAUGACCCUGUUGUCAUGUUUACAUAGACCAUGUAUUUCUCAUAUUUCAUAUCUCAGUCUCAGAUAAUAGACGAUGCCAGGCAUUUGUAUGAGUGCAAAAAUGGCUUGAAUACGCUUCAUAAAA